UUGACCCAAGGCGGUACCUCUCUGCGUCAGCCUAUCCUAAACAGUGAUACUCUCAAAGUUAUUAAGGAUUGAUAUUUGGUCCCGUCAACCUGCAACAAAGUAUUUACGCAAAUGUGUCAGCGUGCGGGCACAAUGUAGAUUCUUCCUGCAAAAGGUUACAACCAGAUCAUUGUGCUCAAGAAACUUGGAAACUGUAGUUUUUAUCAAGACCAUACAGGAAGGUUAAACAAUGGGCUACCCUUUGAGCUGUCACCGGCCGCAGCGCGACCCAGGGGCCCGAUAUCCGAAGGGAAGGAAGCGACUGAAGGAGCGACCAGCCAGCCAUCUCGGACACCAGGUCAACAUCAACACGGCAACCGAGGAGGAGCUGAUGACCCUGCCGGGCAUCAACCGGUUGUUGGCUCACAACAUCGUGUUGUACCGGGACAAGAUCGGGGGCUUCCGCAAGAUCGAGGACGUGGCUCUGGUGACAGGGGUGGGUGCGGCCAGGCUGCAGCAGAUGAGGCCCGAGGUCUGCGUGGGGGCCGUCGAGACGCUGCAGGCGGGGCCUGAGGUCGGUGUCAGGGCCGCAGGCCUGCAGCAGACGAGGCCCGAGGUUGAUGUGGGAGCUACCAAGCCUCAGCAGGGGAAGCCCGAGGUCGGUGUGAGCCAACGAGGGCUCUCUCGCUCCGUGGAGAACCUCUCCAGCUACGACCUGCUCUCCUGCGCCACACUGAACAUCAACCUGGCCUCGGAGAAACAGCUCACCACCUUGCUGGGGGUGUCCAAGGACCUGGCUCACCGCAUCGUCCUCCACCGGCCCUACCGGCACGCCAACGACCUGCUGCGGGUGACGGGUGACGACGCCUUCUCCCUGACGCCCAUCAACUCCCGACUCAGCGCUGCCCUGCCGAAGGCCACCUUAUCCGCGCAGCGGGCCAGCGCCCUCCCUUUCUGCAGCCUGCAGGACCUGAGCCUGAAAACGGGGAUCCGGCCUCGCACCCCCUCGCUGGACGCUCUACAUUCAACCUUCACCGACUGUCUCGACGGCAGGAGGGUCAUUCGUGUCGCCACAUGGAACCUGCAACGUCUCAACUUGGACAAGGUCAACAAUCCUGGAGUGAGGGAAGUCAUCUGCAUGACCCUACUUGAGCAGGGGAUCAAGCUAUUGGCCAUUCAGGAGGUGCUGCAUGAAGAUGCCUUGGAUAAGCUAUGUUCGGAAUUCGAGAAGCCCACCAUUGCUGCAUUGCAGGAAUGGAAAACUGACCGGGGAAGUUGGAAGUAUGUUGUGUUGGAAAACCCAGAAGGACAAGAGGAAAAGGAGAUGGAACGUGUAGCCUUUCUUUGGGACAGCAGCACGGGCCUUGAGCUAAACGAGGCUGACACCCUCGAGGUGCUGCCGGAGCAGAACAACGGACACCAGCCUUACAACCAACCUGUGCUGGGAUACUUCAAGAUAGGAGAACUCCCACUCAACCUCGUCAAUAUCCAUCUGAAGGCUAACCAGUUAUCUGGAGUUCAAGCGAGCAGCAGCAACAAAGCAUUGGACCUCGACAUCCUAAGGCCACACCUCACAGAACAAAAGCAGCUCAUCAUUCUGGGACACUUUGGUCUGCAGCCUGAUACCACAGAGUUCAACCUGUUAAGAGAAAAUCACUUCCAGCACUGUGUACCCAGCGACACGUUCACCAACAUUAGCAGCAAGAACAAGACUGGGGAUGACUGUCAGGACAACAUCUGGUGGAACCAGCCUGCCCAGGGUGCCUACACAGGGAGAUGGGGAGUGAUCCGACAAGGUCUCAGCAGUCCCUGGAUACCAGAUGGUUGGAAAUGGGGAGGAAUCGUAUCUCAGCACUGUCCGGUUUGGAUUGAGUUCUUCGUUGAUUAGACAAAAACUCAAAAUAGUGUUCUGGACUAAAUGAUAAACCUGCAUGGAGAAUGACGAAAAACAGAGCUACAAUAACUACCACAAACCGUUAUUUAAUUUGCUUCAAACCCAAUAAAGUAAUUCAGCUGUGGCACAAUGACCACAUUAGCUAAA